AUGGCAGCGAACACCAAGUACACCCCGGCGCCGCAGCGCGACAGCCUGGACGAACCGCAAUACUCCCAGGCGCCACCCAGCUACCAGGCCGAACCACUCCUUAACGAGCCCAGAAGCGACGACGACAAUGUGCCCGAUGAUUUCAAGUUCGGCGGCUCCGUCGCAGAAGCCACCCUCCCAAUCCGCAUGCAAUUCAUCCGCAAGGUCUACGCCAUCCUCACCGCGCAAAUCCUCCUCACGACCGUCAUAUCCUCCAUCUCCUUCUUCUCCGACUCCUUCCGCGGCUGGAUCCAGUCGAAUCAGUGGAUGAUGUGGGUGUCGCUCUUUGGGGCCAUCGGCUUCAUGCUCCUCACAUUCUGGAAGAGAAAGAGCUUCCCAAUGAACUUGAUUUUCCUGGGAGUGUUCACGGCGCUGGAGGCAUACUCGAUUGCGGUCAUAACAAGUUUCUACGAGUCGAGGAUCGUGCUGCAGGCGCUGGUCUUUACGGCGGGAAUCUUCGUGUUCUUGAGUCUGUUUGCUUGCCAGACCAAGUAUGACUUCACGAGCUGGAUGCCGUAUCUGUUCGGAGCACUGUGGGUCUUGAUCCUUUUCGGGUUCAUGUCUGCGUUCUUCCCACACACGAAGACGGUCGAGCUGGGAUACGGAAUUGUGGCUGCCUUGAUCUUCAGCGGAUACAUUCUGGUGGACACGCAGCUCAUCAUCAGGCACUACCACGUGGAGGAGGAGAUCGCUGCGGCCAUCUCGCUCUACUUGGACAUCCUGAACCUGUUCUUGGCCAUCCUCCGGAUUCUGAACAGCCAGAACAACAACUGA